AAUACCAACACUAUUUGUUAUGAGAACCAUCAAAUGAAAAACAAAUCAAUUCAAAUUAAUAAAAAAAUAUACAUUUUAAACACAUAAAAUGCAUGUGUACUCAUACAAGAAAUGGACUGGUUACAGAAAAUAUGUGGACCGGGCGAGUGGGCUUUUUUUUUUUGGUUGGUCCACUAUCCCUCUUUCUUUCUUUAAAGGUAUUUGCCAGCAUUUGCUCUUUGUUAUCCAUUUUGACAUUCUCAUUGGAUCCAUGUGUCAAGUGUGUACAGGUUGCCUAUGGCCUAGAAUAAACUAUUGUUUUAUUAGGAUGGAUAUUGAAUAGUCAUAUAGAGUCAAUGAAAACAUGCUUUCUCAAACAUUUGUCGUUUUAUGUUAACAAAUUAAUUUAGUUAUGUUUGAUGUUAUUUUAGAACAAUUUCUAUAAUUUUUGUAUAUUAGAUAUAUUAAUUCGCAAGUUUUGAUUUAAGGGGUCUCGGCAAAUGCGGGCGGAUCUACCGCAAGUUUGGUGCGCCCCCAUUAAUUACCUUUUCUUUUCCCUUGGUUUUUCGCCUGGCGAUUGGGCAAGCUCAUCCCUUCCAAUUGUGGUGCGGUUCCCAUGAGUCGUUCAGUCUCCAUUCCUUUUGCCCCUCCGAUCCGUCAAAUCUCUGGACUUUGGCCAAGAUGGAGCUAGCUGGAGAAUCGAAGAGCCAACGCCAAGCUUCCCCCUAUCUCUGCCGGAGUUUAUGGUAUUAGGGGUUUACUACAACAGUUCUACCAUUAGCCAUUAGGUGCAAUUCCGAAGUAAAUUCUCUGCGCGGCGUUUAAUCCACUUACCCCCUCCGACGAUCCUUGACGGCUGGCCAAGCUGGGUUCCGAGAUGGUCCUUUCCCGCCACACUUAUCGCCAAUCAUAUCAAGGAAUCCCCUUCUCCUUCUCCCAGAUCCCACAUUUUUCCAGGAUGGCGGCUAAUUGAGUUUGAGCGCCGCUAAAACUGAGGAUAUGGAUUCAACCACUCUGUACAUCACUAUGGAAUUGGCUUAACCAGACAAUGAGGGUAAGUUGUAUUCGUUGAUGAGAUCCAUUGCAUGCAGCCGACCAUCUUACUUGCGAUCGAGGAGGAUGAGGGUUGCAGGAGAUGGCGCUGCUGAAAGUAAACCCAAAUUAAAGAGGGACGCAGAGAGAAGCACUCAUGUCAUGUGUGAGAGUCUGGUGUCCAAGAAAAGAAUGUUCUCCCCGAUUUUGAUUGGGGUUGGAACCCGGUGAGAGAGACAUGAUGCAAGCUAGGGAAGGAGAUGGAAGUCAUGGAGCUGAAUUAAGUUUUUAUUUAUUGACACAUGUUAUUGAUCGAUCUUCGUUGCAUGUAUGUAAAGAGAUGGCAGGGGUUUAGGGUGAAGCAAUUACAUAUGGAAGGGAAGAAGGGAAGAAGGGAACUCAACGUACAAUGGAGAUUUGUAUGGCAAGAAAUAAAUUAAUUAGAUGAAGCAAUUAUAGAAUACAAUAAUCACACAUUGAGUCAGCAUUCUAUCGUAAUACAAUAGUCACACAAUCAGGCUUGCUCAAUAUUGUUUGACUUUGUUAUCAUUAUAUGAGUAAUAGUUGGAACAAAACGAUGGUCUAGGGUUCAAAUGUGAAUUACCUUGACAUUCCUAUAAAUUAAAUAUAAGAAUACAUGUUAAUUGAUUUUAAAGUAUAGUAUCCAUUACUUGAUAUAUUUAUCUAUAUCAAAAGAAGGAUCAAAAUUAGGUACUAUCCCCGUCGACGCAAUACUGCGGAUUAAUGGUAAAUUCUCAAUUAUUAUCCAAAAUAAUUUUUCUAUCAAAAGGCUAAACAAUCUAAAAUGUUAGUUUCAAUCUCUAAAGGCAUCUCACUCAAUUUAAGAAAAGAUCCAUCUAAAUUUUACAUGACUGAUAUAUGUGUUGACAACCCACCGCAACGCGCGGGCCAAUUAUCUCGUUGGGAUAAUUAGAGAGAAUAGGAGCAAAGCAAAAAAGAGGAUACGGUUUAUUAUGUAUUCUGUAGUUUCUCGUGGAGAAAUCAAUCAAACAAAAACAAAGUUAUUUCUCUAAAACCUAAAUCUAACUCGACCUCUUUCUCUCAGACAUUGAUCAUCUCUUUUUCUCCCAAAAGAAGCGUCGACCACUUCCUUGUUUCUUUCCGAAUUUCUUCAUCCCAAUCCCGAAAUUAUUCUACCUGAAAUCCCUCUUAAUUAUAUCUCUAACCUUUGAAGUCUUAUCGUUUUACUACAUGUGGUAUCAUAUCCCAAUUUCAAGAAUCUGAAUGAUCAACUUUGAGUUUGGGUUUCGAGAAUCGAGACCAUAGAUUUAUCCAUUAAAGGUUAGAUUAUAAUAUUAUACUUCAAAACCGGUUUAGUUCAUGUUCUAAAUAAAGGUAUCUUAGAAUACAUAAAUUAUCGUACAAUCAUUGUAUGAGUAUAGCCGUCUGACUCAUAUAUUUAUAUUAACAAAUUCAAAUACUAUCCAGCUAAUAAUUCGUUUGUAUCUUCUACAAUUGUUAAAAAAAAAAACAAAGGGAUAUUGUGUAUACGACUAGUGACUACACACCUAUCGUACGUGUACCAGAUGUACAAGUACCUAAUCUAGGAAGAGUCAAAUCUUCUUAUCAAUACAUAAUCUCAAAAUAUAAUCAAGUAGAGAUCAACAUAUAUAAAUAAAAUAUACCCCUUUUGCGAGAAGGUAACCGAGACUUGUCAAGGUGCAGUGGCACGCCGACCAUUCAUUUCUUUAAUAACACAGUCUAUCGAUCAUAAUGGCAAAUCCAUUUGCCAUUAGGAAAAGCCAAAGGAAAACCAUUAUACAAAAAAAAGUUGUCUUGUUUUUUUAAGAGAAAGUGAAGAGGACGGUUAGUAAUGGAAUUGGAUUCAGAUCUAUAAAAAUGAUGGAGUAGGUUAACUUCUUCUUCAUGUCUGCUGCCGGCAAGCUAAGUAAUUAAAGUUUGAAAGACGACGAAGCACCCACAACACGUUUUCUGAUCACUUUCUGUCUUCAGCUAGUUCUGAUUUAAUACUAGUUUAACAAAAUUUUACAAAGGGUGAUGAAAACACUUUAUAAAAGAGUUUUUGCGUAAAUUUAAUAUGAAUUCGUACAAUUUUUAGAAAUGAUAUGCAUGUUAUACAUGCAUGCAACAUGAUAGGUCGAUAAUAAGUGUCCAUAUACCUAGGCUAACGGUAAGAAUUAAGGUUUGGGAGUUGCAAAUCUAGGUUCGCUCCAAGCAAGGCCCAUUGGUGUUCCGAAAAGUAUGAGAGCUGAGAGCGAAACCUCAUUGGCGUCGAAUUGAUUGCAGGUGGCCUCCAGCUUUACUAGGCCCCGUUGUCACAAAGUGGCACACGGACCUGAGAUUCCUGGGUAACAAAAAAAAAGUGUCCAUAUAGCCCAAUUAAUAAAUCUGACAACGAAAACAAUAAAUCUUAUACCACUUAUCGGUAUCGAAUUGCUCCAUUACUACGAUAUUGUCGCUUAGUACCAAAACCCGCACGAAUUUACUUUUGGGUUCCUUUCCAAAAUUCCUCGUAUUAGUUGGGCUAUGUGGACACUUAUAUUCUUUCCCUCGUAUCUCCAAUUUGACAUUUGGGUUGUAGCAUAACAAUCCUCAACUCAAGAGAAGGACCAUGAACUUUGUGUCCUCUCUCAGCGAUUGUCUUGAUUCGCCAAACAGACACAUAUCUCCAUUAGAUCUGCUAGAUAUAUGCAAAUUUCCUUUGAUAUGCCAAAUAGACACAUAUCUCAAAUAUCCACUCGGUUUUCUAGAGGUCUUCCAGACAAACAUGAAUCUCCUUUAAUCCACCAAACAAACAAAGAUCUCAAAUCACGAGGUCAAUGAGGAUCCACCAAACUAUCGUUCACUGCCCUGGAUCCGAACGAGGCUCUAAUACCACUUCUCAACAUCGGGUGCCCCAUUAGUAUGAUGUUGUCCGGUCUACUUAUGAGUUCAUUCCAAAAUGCUCGUACUAAUUGGGUUAUAUGGAUGCUAAUAUACAAAGGUGCAUCCCUUUGUAUUUCCAGCCAGACUCGGAUACCACUUGUUGAACUGGCAGCUCCAUUAGUAUGAUAUUGUCAGCUUUUGGGCAAUCUGCAUGAAUUUACUUUUGGAUAUCAUCCCUAAAGGGUCUCGUACUAAUGAGUUUGGUGGACACUAAUAUACAAGGGUCUUUUUCCUUUUAUUGAUUUGAUACUUGGAUUGUCUCAGAACAAUCUAGGUAGCUCCAUUGCUACGAUAUUGUCUGCUAUGGACCAAGUUCACACGAAUUUACUUUUGAAUAUCCUCUCUUAAGACCUCAUACUAAUAGCGCUAGGUGGACACUAAUAUAUAAGAGUACAUACUCUUGUAUUUACGACGUGAUAGUGGAUUGUACCAUAACUGUUGAUAUGACUUGAAUCGGACUAUCAGCCGCUACGACUGGUAAUCGGGGGUCUCGCUUUUGGGCCUGGUCUGUAACCGUUUCCUUUGCCAGAUUGGAUUAGGUUUAGACCCACAUGGAUUAGGUUUAAUGUAAUUUGGGUUCAAUGUAAUUUGGGUUCGCGUUCUGGGCCUAGUCUGUAACCGUUUCCUUUGCCAUAUUGGAUUAGGUUUAGACCCACAUGGAGAAGUACUAUAUAUACUUCUCAUACUCCUCUGUAAUCUGUAAUCUCCUCGAUAUAGUGAAACUGGCUCUCUCUCGCCCGUGGACGUAGCUAACACACAUCGUGUUAGUGAACCACGUAAAUUGUGUGUCGUGUUUUCGAUUCUCGCUUUCGUAUUCUUGCUUUGUCGAUUCCUGCGAUUUCCCGAUCCGUAGAAGCGCGUUUAUAACAAGUGGUAUCAGAGCCGCGGCUGGAAAUCAGGCUAGGAUUUUUCGAUUCAGAAGAAUGACGUCGGUGAACAUGAAGAUCGAAAAGUUCACGGGGAAGAACAGCUUCGCUAUAUGGCAGAUCAAGAUGCAGGCUUUAUUAAAACAACAAGGGCUGUGGGGGCCGCUGUCUGCGAAACAGAAGAAGGCAGCGGUCGAUGACGAUGAGUGGAAUACCCUGGAGGAGAAGGCCCACUCGACCAUCAUGCUAUCGUUGUCUGAUGACGUCAUCAUUGAAGUCGCUGCUGAGAAGACUGCCGCGGGCUUGUGGUUGAAACUAGAGAGUCUGUACAUGACUAAGUCUCUAACCAACAAGCUGCAUCUCAAGCAACGGUUGUUCAGCUUGAGGAUGCAAGAAGGUACGCCUUUGAGGGAACAUCUCGAACAGCUUAACUCUAUUUUGCUGGAUCUGCGUAAUAUAGAUGUUCAAGUUGAUGACGAGGAUGCUGCCCUAAUCCUACUGGUUUCUUUGCCGAGUUCAUAUGAGAAUUUCGUUGAUUCUUUUAUUGCUGGUAAAGAAAGCGUGUCGUUGGAGGAUGUCAGGUCUGCUCUUUAUACGAGAGAGAUCAGACAUAAGGCGUCCGGAUCUGGUAAAGGUGGUGAGGCAUCGGGUUUGGCUGUUACAGGUGGAAAGGGAAAGAAGAAAUCUGGUAAAGGGAAUUCAAACAAGAAUUCCAAGGGUCCCGGUCUACAGCCAGGUGAUGCUUGCCAUAACUAUAAGGAAGUGGGGCAUUGGAAGUACAAUUGUCCCAAGAGAAGAGGGCAACAGAAGAAACAAGGUUCAGUUGCCGUGGCAGAAGUGGACAACAGCUCAGAAGACGAUCUCGCCUUGGCUGUAGAUGAGAAGGCACAUCGUGGGGAUGUGUGGUUUCUGGAUACUGCAGCCUCAUACCAUAUGUCUCCGAACAGGGAUUGCUUCACAACCUACGAGCAGAUAGAUGGUGGUAACGUGGUCAUGGCUAAUGGAGCUGUCUGCAAGGUUGUUGGAAUCGGGUCCAUAAAGGUUCGGACACAUGAUGGUUCGUUCUGUACCGUGAAUGAUGUCAGACAUGUUCCACGAAUGACAAAGAACCUGAUCUCCUUGAGUCUACUCGACAGCAAGGGUUUCAGUUUCAAAGGAAAAGGUGGAGUUGUGUAUGUCUGCAAAGGUUCAAGGAUGGUGCUGAAGGGCGUGAAGCGUGAGACCUUGUAUGCAUUACAAGGGUCUGUGUUGUCUGGUUCUGCUGCCGUUGCAUCGUCUCAGGUUCAUCAGGAAGAUAUGACCACUCUCUGGCACAUGAGACUGUGGCAUAUGAGUGAACGGGGGAUGCAAGUUCUGUCGAAGAGGGAUCUUCUUUGCGGGCACAUGAUGCAGAAUUUGGAAUUCUGCGAGCAUUGUGUGUUUGGGAAGCUACAUCGCAGCAAGUUUCCCAAGAAGGGUAUCCACCGGACAAAAGGGAUACUGGAUUACCUCCACUCCAACUGUUGGGGUCCUUCACGAGUUGAAUCCAUUGGAGGCAACAGGUAUUUUCUGUCUAUUAUUGAUGAUUAUUCGAGAUUUACUUGGAUUUUCAUGAUGAAGCAGAAAAGUGAAGCUUUCACGAAGUUCAAGCAGUGGAAGACAUUGGUGGAGAACCAGACCGGGAAGAAGAUCAAGAAGCUGCGAACGGACAAUGGUCUAGAGUUCUGUAAUUCUGAGUUCAACGAAUUCUGCAAGGAUGAAGGGAUUGCCCGUCAUCGGACUGUGAGAGAUACACCCCAGCAGAAUGGCGUUGCAGAAAGGAUGAACCAGUCAUUGUUGGAGAGGGCACGGUGCAUGCUCUCUAAUGCUGGACUAGAGAGAAGAUUCUGGGCAGAAGCAGUGAACAUGGCGUGCUUCCUGAUCAACCGUGGACCUCACACAAGUAUCGAGUUGAAGACUCCUUAUGAGGUGUGGUAUGGUAAGACUGCGGAUUACUCUUCACUGAAAGUUUUUGGGUGUCCUGUUUAUUAUCAUGUGGAUGAGGGUAAACUGAACCCAAGGGCAAAGAAGGGUGUUUUUGUGGGUUACGGAGAUGGAGUUAAGGGAUUUCGAGUCUGGUCACCUUCUGAGCAUCGAGUUAUACUCAGUAGAAAUGUGAUAUUUGAUGAGAAGUCUAUGUUUAACCCCAUGUUGAAGGUUACUGUUGUCGAAGGUAGCAGGAAUGUUGAUAAGCAGGUGGAGCUGCAAACUCUCAAUGAGAGUGAGUUUGAGCACCAAGGUGGAGAAGAUCAACAUGAUGAGGAUGUCUCUGCAGAGCCAGAAACUUCAGAGUCCAGUGCAUGAGCUCAAUAGUCUAUUGCUUCCGGUAGACCGAAGAGAGCGACUGCAGGAAUACCUCCACAGAGGUAUGGCUUCGAGGACAUGGUGGCGUAUUCAUUUCAGGUUGCUGAAGAAGUGGAUGCAGGAGAGCCACAGUCCUACAGAGAAGCAGUUUUGGGCGGUGAAGCUGAUCAGUGGCUUGCCGCAAUGGGAGAUG